UGUCAAUUUUGUGUAUCCAUACAUGUAGGUGGUGGGAGGAGGAGAUCGUUUGAUCGAGACGUAGUGGUUUUUACGUAAAUGCAUGUGGACGGGAAAGACGAAACGAUGAUAGCGUAGUGGGUGUUCCCCGUGGAUCGCGGCCCCUUCGCGGCCGACGCAUCAUGUCACAGUUCUCCUUCAGAGGAUCGCCAAAUUUACAGUGCCCCGUGACAGUGAGCUCGUCGUCCGUAGCACCGUCGUCGUCGGCGUCGCCGGGUUCCGGCUUGCUGCUGAGCCCCUCGUCGUCCCUGCAGCUGAGUGCCGGCGGCGGUGGUGGGACCCCCUCGUCGAGCAUCACGACGCUGCCAACCCCACCGUCCUCCUCGUCGUCGUCCUCGGUAGCGGCCCACCAUCACCCGCUCGGGGUAAGAAUGGCAGUGACGAGCGCGGUGGUAAGGCCGCCCGGUGGCAGCCCGUCGGCCGUCGCCUCGGUCAGUCCGGCGUCGCACCAGAGCGGCGGCAGCGGCCCGAACAACAACAACAACAACAACAACAGUGGCUCGGGGGGCGGGGCAGGGUCGCAGCAGCCGGGCAGGUGUUGCGACACGGGCAGGCCCAUAUUCACGGAUCCGUUGACAGGGCAGACGGUGUGCUCGUGCCAGUACGAGCUCCUAGGGGGCUACCAGAGGCUCGGGGCCAUACCCACGGCCGCGCUGUCAAUGUACAGCGCGCCUUACGCAGCGGCUGCGGCUGCCGCUGCCAGCGAGGGCAUGGCUGCGUACUUUCCCGGUCUCGGGGCCGAGCAGGCGCCCUUUUACACGUCCACGAGUCUCGUUGCAACAACUCGCUACGGUAUGGACCUUAACGGGGCGAGGCGGAAAAACGCGACGCGCGAGACGACGAGCACGUUGAAGGCCUGGCUGAACGAGCACAAGAAAAACCCGUACCCGACCAAGGGCGAGAAGAUCAUGCUGGCGAUAAUAACGAAGAUGACGCUGACGCAGGUCUCGACGUGGUUCGCCAACGCGAGGAGGCGCCUCAAGAAGGAGAACAAGAUGACGUGGGAGCCGAGGAACAGGGUCGAGGAUGAGGACAACAACAACGAGGACGACGACAGCGGGAGGAAGAGCGUCGAGAAGGACAGGCUCGACUCAAAAGACUCGGGUACGGGCUCGAGCGAGGACGGCGAGCGAGGCGGGUCCGCCAGCCACAGGCUCGAUCUACUCCACGGAAGCGGCGGCCCGGGAUCGGGCCCCGGCCGAACCGAGAGCGAGUGGAGCGAGUCCCGCGCGGACAGCGGGCCCGACAGUCCCGAGUGCCUCUACGACCAACGCGAGCCACCACCGAGGCACCUCCACCACCCGCUCCACCUGCAGCACCACCCGGCCUUCCUCACCGGCUCGUCGCCACACGGCCGCUUGACACGCCAGCCACCGUCGUCGCCCGACCACCACCAGCACCUCCACCACGCCCACCACCACCACCAGUCGAUACCCCCGAGCACGAGCACCUCCGGGACGACGGGCACCGGCACGACCAAGCCCCGCAUCUGGUCCCUCGCUGACAUGGCCAGCAAAGACGCCGACCACCCCCACCAACAACCCAGUCCGAGUCCCCAGCAACAACUCCUCGGCUCGCCUUACGCUUCCUCCGGCGGCGGUGGGACCAACCCCGGCGGCGGCAAGAUCGUCAGUCCCCUGGCCAGCCGGCUACCACCCCACCACCCCCUCCACCCGGCCAUGCACCCGGGCAGCCAGUUUGUGAGGCACCACCCGGACUUUUACCGGAACUUUUACGGCGGGCCCCACCUCGGCUCGGGCGACAUGUCCCUGCUCGAGACGUACCAGAGGACCCUGGGCGGCCUCGGUGGAGUGAUGCCACCGACCAGCGUGGCCCCGGGCCUACUCGCCUCCUCGUCGGGCGUCCAGGCCAGUCUCAAGGGCUUCUCGAUCAACGGUGCCGGGACCCCGGGUGGCUCGGUCCUUCUGACUACGGCCUCGUCCGGGGUGUCGCCCUCGUCCUCGUCGACCGGCUCGUCCAACGGCUCGGACCAGUCGCCCGGCCUCGCGUCCACGGAGCUCAAGUCGCCCGGGCGCGUCUGA